GAAGAAAUGGCGGUCUUUAGGUUCCUUUGCUUUCCUUUUCACUCGUACUACUCUUGAACCCUUGAAAGAUCCUCUCCUUCCUUCUCUCUCUCUCUCUCUCUCUCAGCUCUCCACUCAAAUCCACUGCUUCUCUGAUUCUGAUUCUCAGCCCCAAAUUGAUGACAUGAAGCGCAGCCUCGACCAUUUCGAAAUCUCCGACGACGAGUGGGAGGAGCACUCCUCCUCCUUCAAGCCCUCCCGCGUCCUCAAGAAGUCGAGGACGCCGACGCCGCCGGCAAUCGAGUCCUUCGCCUACCGGAAGCGCCGAGUCUCCGACGACGACUCCGAUUGCGUCGAGAUUAAGGACGAUUCGGACGACGAUUGCGUGGAGAUCAAGAACGAUUUGGAGGACGACGACGUCGUCGAGGAGGUCCGCCGGCCGGUGACGCGUGGACGGAGGUUUGUGGUCGAGGACGAGGAUAGCGACGGGGAUUGGGCGGAGUUGGAGUCGACGAGUGAGGAGGAGGAGGAGGAGGAGGCGGAGGCGGAGGACGAUGACGUCGUCGGGAGAGCUUUGCAGAAGUGCGCCAAAAUAUCGGCGGAUUUGAAGAGGGAGCUCCAUGGUUCGUCGGCGCCGACGGCGAGUGAUCGGUAUGCUGAAGUGGACGCUUCCUCUGUGAGGAUUGUCACUCAGGAUGACAUUAAUGAGGCAUGUAGAUCAGACGAGUCCGAUUUUCUACCUGUUCUCAAGCCAUACCAGCUGGUUGGUGUUAACUUUCUUCUUCUGUUGUAUCGAAAGGGUAUUGGAGGAGCUAUUUUGGCCGAUGAGAUGGGUCUAGGGAAGACCAUUCAGGCCGUAACGUAUUUGAUGCUAUUGAAACAUUUACACAAUGACCCGGGUCCCCAUUUGAUUGUAUGUCCUGCUUCAGUUUUGGAAAACUGGGAAAGAGAACUUAAGAAGUGGUGCCCAUCAUUUUCUGUUCUCCAGUAUCAUGGGGCUGCGCGAUCUGCAUAUUCAAGGGAGUUGACCUCAUUGGCCAAAGCUGGAAUGCCGCCUCCUUUUAAUGUUAUUCUUGUGUGCUAUUCACUAUUUGAAAGACACAGUGCACAGCAGAAAGAUGAUCGUAAGAUUCUGAAACGUUGGCAGUGGAGUUGUGUUCUUAUGGAUGAGGCUCAUGCUCUGAAGGAUAAAAACAGCUACAGGUGGAAGAACCUAAUGUCUGUUGCAAGAAGUGCAAACCAGCGUCUAAUGCUGACGGGAACACCUCUACAAAAUGAUUUACAUGAGCUAUGGUCAAUGCUGGAGUUUAUUAUGCCAGAUCUUUUUACUACUGAGGAUGUUGACUUAAAAAAGCUAUUAAGUGCUGCCGAUACAGAUUUGAUUAGUCGGAUGAAAUCCAUAUUGGGACCAUUUAUUCUGAGACGUUUGAAAUCUGAUGUAAUGCAACAACUUGUUCCUAAAAUACAACGGGUGGAGUAUGUUAUCAUGGAUAAGGAACAAAAUGAUGCCUACAAAGAAGCCAUUGAGGAGUAUCGUGCAGCUUCACGAGCUCGUAUUGCAAAAACUUCACAGGCUAAUUCAAACAGUAUCGUUGGAGUUCUUCCUCGGCGGCAAAUCUCCAACUAUUUUGUUCAGUUUCGUAAGAUCGCAAACCAUCCUUUACUAGUAAGGCGUAUUUACAGUGAUGAGGAUGUAGUUCGUUUUGCCAGGAAGUUACAUCCAAUGGGUGCAUUUGGCUUUGAAUGUACUUUAGACAGAGUAAUUGAGGAAAUGAAAAGUUUUAAUGACUUCUCUAUCCACCGGCUUUUACUAUCUUAUGAUGUCACUGAUAAGAAGGGAUGUCUUCCAGACGAAGAUGUUAUGCUUUCCGCAAAGUCUCAGGCAUUAGCUGAACUUCUUCCUACACUGAAGCAAGCUGGGCAUCGAGUUCUGAUAUUUAGCCAGUGGACGUCAAUGCUUGAUAUCUUGGAGUGGGCUUUGGACGUGAUAGGGGUUACAUACAGACGACUCGAUGGAAGUACUCAGGUAACAGAAAGACAGACGAUAGUCGAUACAUUCAAUAACGACACUUCUAUAUUUGCAUGCUUGCUGUCAACAAGAGCUGGGGGCCAGGGUUUGAACUUAACUGGAGCUGAUACUGUAGUCAUUCACGAUAUGGAUUUCAACCCACAAAUUGAUCGACAGGCAGAGGAUCGCUGUCAUCGCAUUGGCCAAACAAAGCCUGUUACCAUAUACAGGCUAGUGACUAAGGGUACAGUUGAUGAAAAUGUUUACGAGAUUGCAAAGAGGAAGUUGGUGCUUGAUGCCGCUGUCCUCGAGUCUGGCUUAGAGAUGGAAAAUGAAGGCGAAACAUCCGAGAAGACUAUGGGGGAGAUAUUAUCAAAACUUUUGCUGGGUUAGGAGUUAGGACUUCGAACAUUCAAUCUCUGAAAGAGACUGCAAAGGGAGAAUCUUUUCGUUCCCUUUUCCUAUACUUCUGUGCAGCCCGUUGUGACUUGUAAGGUCCCUUUGUUGUAUCAUUAGAAUUGUUUGAAGAGAAAACAAUGAGUAGCUGUAGGUGGGGUAUACUACAGAGGUGUAAUUGGCCCAAUUGUUCUAGUAGCAACGUAAGUCAGAAAAGAUAUUUCUUCUUA